UCAAAAUGUCUCCUGUGAGGAAGGUUUAUGGUCUGAAAUCGCUUUAAAAAUAACUUUGCCUGAUUGUUUCUCGUUAUUUUAAUGACAACGUCAAGAAAUCUGGCACCAAAGAGCGUAAAGUAUAAUAUUUCUACUAAACUGUGUGGGUGGAUGCAAGGUCAGUAGUCUGACUGAGGUUUACAAGUACUUCGCCACGAGAGGGCGUCCUUCCCCCACUGAAAACAAGGUAGGGGGUUUCCCUCUGGACAAGGUAAGCAUCUCCCCUUGCGCCCAACAGCAGGGGUGCCAAAAAAUGAAGCGAGGACAAAGCCGGAGGCUGACAUUUUCUCCAGGGUGUCCGCCGCAGGGAACCCAGCGUUGAGAGCCCCGGGCUUUGAACAGACAGACCACUGAGGCUUGUUGUGCAGACAAAAUCAGAAGACUGAUCCAAGUGCAACAACUCUAAAGGAUCGAGGAGCUCCCCGCUUGAAUCCCAUCUGACAGCGAGAAGGGCUCUGGUCAGCCUGAAGUGAAGGGUCACUGAGCUCAGACACUCUCCUUCCACUGACUCACAUCUAAGCACAUACAGAAAGUAAUACUGACACGCAGACACAUCUGCGCACACACACACACACACGCACACACACACUCCCUCUCUCUCUCAUUUAUACACACAGACUCAUUGGUAGACACACACAAAGAUUUGUCUGUGCACAAAGACACACACACACACAGAUUCACACACAGGCUCUCUAAGCAGGAUGAGGGAACCCUGGAGGUGCCUGCUGUGCUUGUGCCUCCUGGCAUGCUCAGCCUCCACCCACAGCGCUGCCAAUCCCUUUGCAGGGCAGCAGACCCCUCCGGACCCUUGCUAUGACGACACAGGUGCAGCCCGCCGCUGUAUCCCUGAGUUUAUCAAUGCUGCCUUUGGCAAGGAGGUGAUGGUGUCCAGUGUCUGUGGCCGGCCUCCGUCCCGUUCUUGCAGUGUGGUGGAGCGAGGUGAUGAUCGGCCUUCUGUACGUACGUGCCAAAUCUGUGAUGCUGCUGACCCUCGCCGAUCCCACCCUGCUUCCUACCUCACCGACCUCAACUCAGCUCACAACCUCACCUGCUGGCAGUCGGAGAAUCUGAACAUCUCUCCGUACAACGUGACUCUAACCCUUUCACUGGGUAAAAAGUUUGAGAUCACCUAUGUCAGCUUGCAGUUCUGUUCACCACGACCUGAGUCGCUGGCCAUAUACAAGAGCAUGGACUACGGCAAGACAUGGAUGCCCUACCAGUUCUACUCCUCACAGUGCCGGCGUAUGUACAAUCGGCCCAACAAAGCAACAAUAACAAAGCAGAAUGAACAGGAGGCUCUAUGUACAGAUGGCCAUACUGACCUCUAUCCACUCUCCGGAGGACUCAUUGCUUUCAGUACUCUGGAUGGACGGCCUUCUGGCAAAGACUUUGACAACAGCCCAGUCCUUCAGGACUGGGUGACGGUCACUGAUAUCCGUGUGGUCUUUAGCCGACCCCAGCUACCCCGGGAGCUGGGACUGGGGGCUGGAAGCAACAGCGGAGGGAGGGACGAUGACCCCAUGGCAGUGACAUCAACACUGCCAACUUAUUUCUAUGCAGUGGGAGACUUCCAGGUGGGCGGGAGGUGCAAAUGCAACGGACAUGCCUCACGCUGUCUGAAAGACAAGGAAGGCAAACUGGUGUGUGACUGCAAGCACAACACAGAGGGGCCUGAAUGUGACCGCUGCAAGCCCUUUCACUAUGAUCGACCAUGGCAGAGGGCCAGUGUGCGCGAGGCCAAUGAGUGUUUGCCAUGUAACUGCAACCUCCAUGCCCGCCGCUGUCGAUUCAACAUGGAGUUGUACAAGCUGUCGGGGAGGAAGAGCGGAGGGGUCUGCAUGAACUGUCGGCACAACACCGCAGGCCGCCACUGCCACUACUGCAAGGAGGGCUUUUACAGAGACAUGGCCAGACCGAUCACUCACCGACGAGCCUGCAAAGCCUGUGACUGCCACCCUGUGGGCGCAGCAGGCAAGACGUGCAACCAGACCACAGGCCAGUGCCCCUGCAAGGACGGCGUCACCGGCAUCACCUGCAACCGUUGUGCCAAGGGUUACCAGCAGAGCCGCUCGCCUGUGGCCCCCUGCAUCAAAAUCCCAGUGGUCAACCCCACAGCUGUGGUGAGCAGCACAGAGGAACCAGCAGAUUGUGAGUCCUACUGCAAACCAGUGAAAGGCAACCUGAAGAUCAAUAUGAAAAAAUAUUGCAAGAAGGAUUAUGCGGUCCAAGUGAACGUGCUGGACAUGGAGACGGUGGGGGACUGGGCCAAGUUUUCGGUCAGUGUGGUGUCCGUGUACAAGAGCCGCGGUGAGCCCUUGAAGCGCGGCGACAACAUCCUGUGGGUGCACAUGAAGGACCUAGCCUGCAAAUGUCCCAAGAUCCAGAUGAGCAAGCGCUUCCUGGUGAUGGGCGGCAGCGACGGGGGAACAGGCACAGGGACGGGACCAGCGGUCGGGCCCGGGCCUGGAGCCACCAAUCCGGGAGCAGAACGCAUGGGCCUGGUGGCUGAUAAGAACAGCCUGGUGAUCCAGUGGAGGGACGUUUGGACGAGACGCCUGAGGAAGUUCCAGCGCAAAGAGAAGAAGGGGAAGUGCAGCAAAGCGUGAUGGUAAAGCAGCGUCAGUCCCUACCUCUCCCUUCAUGGCCCACCUUCAUGAACCCUGACCCGGUGAUCCCCUUCUCCUCUCCCUGAAUCCUAUGUCUUCCCCCACCACGGGAACACUGCACAUUACAAAGACUGCAUGUACCCUACCUGUUUUAAGGACCACGUUUUGUGUAUAUUGUAUAAUUAUUUUCCUUUUUAUUUUUCAAGUUGUGUCUUUGUAAUGUCACUUGUCUUUUUUGUCCAAUUGGUUUGCCUUAAAAAGGGACCAUUAAAAAGGGUAUGAAGUGUAGACAAAAGCAGACGCCAUUCCCUCCCUCGACAACGACAGCGGAAAUGUCCACCUUUCCCCCAACUAUGACCCCCAGCCUCCUCCUCCUCCUCCUUUCAAGACUGACUGUCUCCUGCCACUGUGUUUCAGUACUCACAUAUAAGACUACCAAUGCUCACACUUCACAUUCUUCUCUGAGGAUUUUAUUCAACAGCAACAACCUGUCUAAAGACAAGCUGCACACCCUCAGCCUGGGUGCCUCAUGUUUCAUUGUCGAAACAAACUCAACUCGGAUCAGCACGAGCUGGACCACCUGACAACCUUUCAACAUUUGCUGUUAAAAUGUUCACAAAAAUGGGCCUACUUGCUCCAGGUCUCUGCAGUAACUUCUACGGAUCACAAUCCGUUGUAACUAUAAACACUCUUGUCCCAAGAGGAACCAAGGGCUCCCUUUGUUGGGACAUUUUCCACAGCAAACCUCAGUCUCACCAACACUGCUGCUGCCACCAGACAGCCCCAACAGAAUAAACUGCUCAUGUAGGCUCUUAAAUCUACAAGUAUUUGAUGCCACUGGUCAUAAUAGAGUUUAUAUUCUUAGCGGGGUGUUAUCUCAUCAAUCCAUAUCCCAGCCAUAUCCUUGACGUAUAUUUUUUGUUUCAUUUUAAGCAGAACAAGCCCUGUUGGCAUGUGUGAGUCACAUUCCAGGCCUCCAGGGCUGUGCCUCUUCACCCAGCAGUCCCUCUCAUGAGUGGUUUAUAAAGUCAUGCAUCACCAUCAUGACUCAUUGCUUGUCACUUUUUCUGGAGGAAAGAUUAAGCAGUGUGGACAAAUGGUUGGAAUUUCAGGACAAUACCAAUAUUUCCAAGAAUACUUGGGAUAAUGUCUUCCGCUGGGUAGUGGCCUUCCAGAUGUUGCUGUGUGGCCAAUGUCAUUACUCUGUCUUUAAAUAUCUGAACUUUUUUUUCUGAUGUGUCCAGUGACUGGCAGGCUUUUGUUUGCCGAAAUAAGAGAUUGAAACGAGAGUUCCUUUUCAUGCAGUAAACAGAAAACAAAGUCGGAUAAACAACAUAGUUGUGUUUUUCUCUAGCAUAUUUUGACAAAAUGAAUGAGGCUGGAAAGUUUUUAGUGCUCACUGAUUGUAUUAUGACAUGAGCGUAUCAUAUUUCAUUCCUCAUGUGUUUUGUUAUGUUUGCAUGUUUGUGGUUUUUGCUGGUCCAUCAAAACCUUACAGUGAGCAGAGCAAGAACUAAACCAAUAUGAGCAUCAAGAUCCAAAGGAAAACUUACCAAGUCAUCUCCCCCUACUUGCCUACCCAAAUACAGUCCCUGUCAUCCUUUGCCAAAUAAGCAUAGUCAGUUUUUAAAUUCAAUUAAGAGACUAUGGCAGUCAGGACCAACGAAAACCACAGAGAGACCCGUCUGGUUGCUCUCAAGCUUUUUAUCUGCCGUUUGCUGUUAUUUCAUUUUGUAAAGCACAUUACAAUUUAUUUAAAUAGAGUACAAGAUAAACAUACAGUUUUGAGGGGCACAUCAAGCUAGUGUAGCAGUGAGUGUGCCGACAGGCAUGUCAUGCUAGCUAGUGGUUACGCUCCUCUGGCUGCGGCGGUAUGUUUGGUUUGUCAUUCCUCCAAAAGUGUCUCUCCUCCGCUCUCUUCUGUGUGUCAACCACCACCCUCCCCAAACUCCCUUUUUAACCCAUUUUGCAUGUUAUGUAUUCAGUGUCUUAGUUAAGUGACAGCACAGAACGAGGCUGCCAAAACUCCUCAGUGGUGUACUGUACUGCACUGUAGUUCUUGUUUUCACUUCUUCCAAGAAUGUAUGUCAAACUGUGAAGAACACACUCACACAGGUGUAUGGUCUGAUUGUAAGUGUUUAUGAAACUAUAUGUCACCAAGCUUAAGAAUGUGGACGGCAUGACGGUUGAUGCUAUUAUGAACUAUGAACAGGGUUAGAUGUUCAAAUGAUUGUGGAUCUUCACGCUCAUCCGUCUGUGUAAUAAUGAGAUUUUAAUUGUCCGAUCCAAAAACGUUCCAUAACCAAAAUUAACUUUCACCCACCAUGAUUUCUGGUGUGUGUCAAAAAAAAAAAAAAAGCAAAGAAGGACAAAUAAAGCAUUGAAGGCUUUACAGCACUAUACCCUGGGCACAAUCCCUACAGAUGGAAUUUCACAAAAAUGCAGAACCAAACAGUCAAUUAUUUGUGUGUUGGCUGUCCGCAGCGGCCUGUCAGACAGGUGGUGUUACAGUAGCACCAGUCUCCUCGCCCUGGUAUGUGAGUAUGGCGUGACACAUUGUGAUGGAUGGUCAAAUUACGUGCCUGUGAAGCCUCUCUGGUGCCGAGCUCCUUAAGCACCCAACACAGUCAUGGAGGAGCAGCAGUAUCCCUGCCGUCCUCUCAGUCUGCUCUGAAUCUGGACUUUAUUUCACAUCGAAUCACACAAAAUCCUUCUUUACUUACUAUUGGCUCUCCAUUUUCCCUUUCUUAAGUGCCCACCCUGAAUGUUAAAAUAAAGAUAAGAAAUAAGAGUGUGCCAGAUGUUGUCAGGGGUUGGGAACUUAGUCUCUCGUGAAAGCUAUUUAGUGAGCCUCAUAGGGAGAGCCGUCCUGUUGUUUUACGUUAACAAGCCCAGCAGCUUGGCAGUGGAACUGAGGCCAUAACUGCUUUGCUUUGUUUCCCCCCUUUGCAGCAUUUAUAGCAUUCACAGGUGUGUGUGUGUGAGUGAGUGUGUGUGUGUGUGUGUGUGUGUGUCCAAUUAACCUACCCGAGUAAACAAGUGAUACGCACAUGAACUGAAAGUGCAGAGAGGUGAGAGAGCUCUCGUAUGAAGGGCAGACUUUUCGGGGGGGACAAAGCUUCUCAGUUUUGCCACUGUUUAAUGUUUGUGUAGAGGAGUCUGAACAGCCUAUGAUGAAGGAUUAUCACUUUACAUUUUCCUGGUCUGAUUCCCUUUUCUUUCUGUUUCACUUCCAUCUACGCAUUUGCCUCGUUUAAUAAGUCUUGACACAUUUUUAAUGUUGUAAAUAUGUACUGAACUGCCUCUGCCAUUUAUGUUGUCUUUUGUAAAGCGUCACUUGCCCUGGGAUGACUCACGUUGUAUGGAUGUACAAACCAGAUGAUGUUAUAUGGAUGUAGAAACCAGAAACAUAUGCUUUUGUGAUCAUGACCAGAAGAUGUGGUUCAGAUAUUACACAGAAUGUAUUCCUUUCGGGUUUUAUGUUGUUUCCAGACAACAAAUGCUCAAUUGUUAAUGACUUUGAGGAGAAUUGAGUAAAAAUGUGACACGGGCUGAUCGGACCCUCUGCUUUUCCCCACAAAGGUACAGACAGGAACUGACAUAACAACCCACCACUUUCCGUUAUAUUAAUGUCCUGGGAAUAAUGGUUCACUCACAAAAAAAUUGUCCACCUACCCUUCAUUGGGAACAAAGGGAUUCAUCCCUCAGUUCAGCCCUGCUUUUCACUUCUGUUAUAUCAAAGUCUUCCUUGUACAUUUUCCUUUGAGGCAAUGAACCACUGACUUUUUAAUCUAAAUGAUAAAAAAAUAAAUUAUUAGUUAAUGA